AUUACCAUUAAGAAUAAGAAGAAGAGUGAAGAGUUAAUAGAGAGAAGAAAUCAGAAAUAUAUUAUAUCUAUUCUCAUAAUCUUUGAGUAGUUUUUCUCUCAUUUUAUAACACGUUAUCAGCACGAAUUUGCUCAAAAUCCCAGAAUCCUUGUUCUUCUCAGAAGUUAUUUCAUGGCCAACAUCACCAAAAGAGAAUUCGACAUUCUUGAUUUAUCCGGUCAAAGGUACCUGGAAUGGAGGGUUGAUGCACUUGCUCACCUUAAGGCUAAUGGCCUCGAAAAUACAAUUGCUGAGAAUAAUACAUCAUCAUCUCAGCAAAAGGCAAAAGCUAUAAUUUUCCUUCGCCACCACCUUCAUGAAACACCAGAAUCAAAUGUUAUCCAAGGUGGUGCUCGCAGACACUUUAAACGUGGACGCGGAAAUAACCGCAACAAAGGGCCGAACAGGGGCUAUAAAAAUCUAAAUGGAUCAUCUUCCAAAGGAAAAGGAAAAUUCAAACCACCACAGGCUAAAACUUAUGAAAAGCCAAAACCAAGUGGUGAAUGCUACAAAUGUGGCAUAAAAGGACACUGGGCGAAUGAAUGUCGAACGGCAAAACAUUUGGUUAAAUUAUACCAGGCUUCCACAAAAAGAAAAGGGAAAAGUGUGGAAGCUAAUUACACUGAUGAUAUCAAUCCAAUUUUGCCUAAAUUUGACGUGUCCGAUUUCUACAUGGAUGAUGCUGAAAUUGGUGAUGAAGUGACCUUUGGUGGAACUACUACUAUUUAAACAUUUUCAUUUACUCCGUUAUGGUGUGUUUACUUUUUAAAUAAAUGUUGGAAAUUUGU